AUGGCACAUGGUGCUGUGUGUACAUUUUUGCAGUUUAAGCUCACACCAUACCCACAUAACAAGUUGUCGCAUAACCUAAAGUCUGGAUUGAAGAUCUUGAUAGUGGCAGACGUUCGACGUCUAAAUCCUAGACGGUCGGUUGAUGGAACAGAAGAUUCAAGAAGUCAAGGUCAAGUCAAGAUUAUUCUGGAGGGUCUCCUUGGGCAUAUAAUGACGGCUUUGCCGAACGAUCAAUGUGCUAAAAAAAAGUUUGGUGUCGUAUGUCGACAUUUGAGACAGCUGAAGAGAACACAUGGAGAAUAUUGUAAGCCAGAGGCCCAGCUGGAUUCGGUUGAGCCUAUUGUUAACACCAAAAUUAGUUUGAAUGUACGUGUUGAGUCAAAUUUCGGGUCAAGUGGAACACAACAGUGA